AUGCCCCUCCUCAACGCCCCUCCUCCCCUUCCACCCCCCUCAUCCCUCAAAGGCUACCUAACGCAAACCCUCAUCCAAACACUCGUUCAGUGCAUCACACUCCUCUCCGGCCAAGCGCUCGGUUCCGCCGAAUGCGAGCUGCGUAAAUAUGCCACCCGUCUCCUAGAAGAGACAUACGACUCCAACUCCGGCACUCUGCCUUUUGGAGGGAAGCUGAGAGAACGGCAGAUGCUCAGAAAGCUAUUCUUCCUCUUUGGAGGGAUGUAUCGUGCUUAUCCUACUCGGAGGCUCUCGUUCCAUAAGAAGGGGAUCGAGCUGCGAGUGGAGGAGCAGGACCAAAGUGAGGCGGAAGGUGAAGGGGAGGAAGAGCACAUGUUCCGCCUGAGUGGGGAGGCGUGGACCGCUGCGCAGAAGGUAACGCUCAGAGUGAAGAGGGAAUUAGGGAUUGUGCGCGGCAGGUGGUUGAGAGACGUAAUGUUGGCUUACGUCCGGGGAGAAAAAUCCACUAUGACUCCAUCCAAUCCUACUUCCUAGUCCACCACCCCUCCGCAUGCUGCACGCCUUGCAUGUCACAUCCAGUUCAUGUAAUAUUAUACUGUGUAUGCUAAAUGUUCAUGUUCGC